CCCUUUAAUUAAACAGACAUGCUGGACUUAGCCACAUACAAAAAUUAACUAAUUUCUUUAUCGUUUAAGUAAUUUCGUGUUAAAAGUUUUAUGUGACAAGACAAUUUGACAUGUUUAUGUAGCGUAGCGUAGCUGGACAAAAACGCAAUAUGAAAGAAGUGGGCAUAGCUCUGCCCAAGUCUCGAGGCGUGGGUGUCGGGAUAGUUGCUGCGUUAUUGUUAUGCUUCAUUUUUUACUACUUUUAUGGGGGUUACAUGACUUUUUUACUAAUUGCUUCUAUUCUCCUGUUGAUAUUCUACUACGCCCAAGACCUGCUCCUGUAUCAUCCGGAUUUGCCCACCAACUCUCGCAUUUACAUACCCAUUCCCACCAUGCACAACUUGCCGCACAUCACAGUCAGCAUCAACACGCCCGACGAUGUUACGUUGCACGCCUUUUGGAUAAGCCAACCGGAGGAGCGCUGCAAGUCCGUUCCCACUGUGCUCUACUUUCAUGGCAAUGCUGGGAACAUGGGACAUCGCAUGCAAAAUGUUUGGGGCAUUUAUCACCAUCUACAUUGCAACAUUCUGAUGGUAGAGUAUCGGGGUUAUGGCCUGUCCACUGGCGUACCCACGGAACGCGGCCUGGUCACCGAUGCUCGGUCUGCCAUUGACUAUCUCCACACACGCCAUGAUCUGGAUCACUCUCAACUGAUCCUCUUUGGGCGCUCUCUUGGCGGCGCCGUCGUCGUCGAUGUGGCCGCUGAUGCUGUCUAUGGCCAGAAGCUGAUGUGCGCCAUUGUGGAGAACACGUUCAGCAGCAUACCCGACAUGGCUGUGGAGCUGGUGCAUCCGUCGGUGAAGUAUAUACCAAAUCUACUCUAUAAGAAUAAGUAUCCAUUUCUGUUCAUAUCGGGCCUUGCGGAUAACCUAGUGCCACCGCGUAUGAUGCGUGCCUUGUAUACCAAAUGUGGCAGUGAGCUGAAGCGUCUGCUCGAGUUCCCCGGCGGUUCCCACAACGACACCUGGAUAGUGGAUGGGUACUACCAAGCAAUCGGCCAAUUUUUGGCCGAGCUACAAGAGGUGCCAUUGCCACUGCAGAAACCGCCUGAGAAGAGCAAUGUCUGGGUCGAGCUGGGGCAGGAGCAUAAAAUCAUUGAUGUUUAAGGCUCCUUGGCAACUCGGAAUACAAACAACGUGUUCUAUUGACUGUGUUAGCACUGCGAAUGGUUUAUUACUUAUACAUACAUCUAUAUAUAUAUAGUAUACUAUAUAUAUUAUUAUAUAACAAGAUUUUAAUCUAAACUUUGCUUUAAUUUAUGUUUAAAUUUUUGCUGAAUACGUGAGAACGUGCUAGAGAUGCGAUGGUUGCUUACAGAAAUGUUUCGUUUUCGCGAUACAAGCAGUCUGUCAUCUAGAUAUACACAAAAUUAAGUUUUCCCAAAUUCUAUGCUCGCGAAAUGUACAAUUACAUUUAAUGGGUAGCAUUGUAAUGGAAUCAGUAUUUAAACAAAAGAACACACACUUUCCCGACUGAUUGUUAUGGCAGAUGGUUAAUCCCUAGCACGUUUGAAUUUUGCGGCAGUUCCACAUUUUUAAUGUUAAAACUAUUCUAUGGUAAUUGUUAAGAACGAGGAGAAGAUUGCAGGUUUGAUUGACAGAAGCAAAUAAACGUGAAACAAUCGCUAGAAUCCAAUAAAAUCCUCAU